ACUUGAUUUAGUGCUAUUUUGGUCUUUUUCUCUAUUAUAUUUUUCUUCUGUUUUCUGUUCUGUUUCAUCCUUUAAAACCAAGAUCUUGUUUCUGCAACCAAACAUGAACAGCGAAGUCUCUGAGCCGAUUCAUAUUUGUUUUUUCCCCUUCAUGGCUCAGGGCCACAUGAUACCAACCCUAGACAUGGCCAAGCUUUUCUCCAGCAGAGGAGCCAAAUCAACCAUCAUCACAACCCCAAUUAACUCUAAGAUUUUAGAGAAACAAACUGAAGCAUUCAACAAUCAAAACCCUGAUCUCGAAAUUGGAAUCAAGAUCUUCGACUUCCCUUGUGUAGAGCUUGGUUUGCCUGAAGGGUGCGAGAACGUUGACUUCAUCAACUCAUACCAAAAACCUGACGCAGGUGACUUGUCCUUAAAGUUUCUUUUCUCUACCAAGUACAUGAAACAGCAACUGGAGAGUUUCAUCGAAACAUCCAAACCGAGCUGUCUCGUGGCCGAUAUGUUCUUCCCUUGGGCGACACAAUCCGCGGAAAAGUUCGGUGUCCCAAGACUUGUGUUCCACGGCACAUCGUUCUUUUCCUUAUGCUGUUCUUAUAACAUGAGGAUUCACAAGCCUCAUAAGAAAGUAGCUACGAGGUCUACACCUUUUGUGAUCACUGGUCUCCCCGGGGACAUAGUUAUGACAUCGCAGCAAGCUAACGUUAGCAACGACGAAACUCCAAGGGGAAAGUUUAUGAAAGAGGUCAGAGAAUCGGAGUCCAUUAGCUUUGGUGUUUUGGUGAAUAGCUUCUACGAGGUGGAAUCUACUUAUGCCGACUUUUACCGUGAUUUCGUUGCGAAAAGAGCUUGGCACAUCGGUCCGCUUUCGCUCUGCAACGUAGAUCUUGCGGAGAAAGCUGGGAGAGGGAAAAUAGCAAACGUUGAUGAGAAGGAAUGCCUGAAAUGGCUCGAGUCUAAGGCAACUGGUUCAGUGGUUUACGUGUCAUUUGGCAGCGGAACUAGCUUCACCAACGAGCAGCUGUUAGAGAUCGCCGCCGGUCUUGAAGGCUCUGGUCAAAAUUUCAUUUGGGUGGUUAGGAAAAACGAAAACCAAGGUGAAAAUGAGGAGUGGUUGCCUGAAGGGUUUGAGGAGAGAACAAAAGGGAAAGGGCUAAUCAUACGUGGGUGGGCCCCGCAGGUGCUGAUACUUGACCACAAAGCGGUUGGAGGAUUUGUGACGCACUGUGGAUGGAACUCGGUUAUGGAGGGCAUUGCUGCGGGGUUACCUAUGGUGACUUGGCCGAUGGGCGCGGAACAGUUUUACAACGAGAAGCUAUUGACAAAGGUGUUGAAAACAGGAGUGAAUGUAGGGGCUACAGAGUUGGUGAAAAGGGGAAAGUUGAUUAGUAGAGAGGAAGUGGAGAAGGCAGUGAGAGAAGUGAUAGUUGGGGAAGAGGCAGAGGAAAGGCGGAAACGGGCUAAGAAGCUAGGCGAAAUGGCCAAAGCAGCUGUUGAGGAAGGAGGGUCUUCUUAUAAUGAUUUGAACAAGUUCAUGGAAGAGGUGAACGGUAGAAAGUAGAAGAAAACUGAACAUAUUUCAUGUUUCUUUUUAACAUGUUUUAUGCUGUGAGAUGGAUUUUUUUACUUGGUUAGCUUUAGCUAUGACCCCCUUAAGUCAGUCGUAUAAAGUUGAUGGAAUGUAUUUGGUACAUUUAUGUAUCUGCUUUGAAAUCAAAUUUCUCGUUAUGCGUACAACAUACUUCCUGCUUUCUGCUUCCGAUCAUCACUUCAUGCUUCAAAUUUCAUACAAAACCUGAAGAUGCAAAGAUCAGGUGAACCAGUUUGAAGUAGGCAUACAACGAGUGUGCAAGUAGAAUAAUCGAAAUGUAGUAGAGCUGAAGACUUAGAAAUUAAAUUUUGGAAAACAAGCAGCUGAAAUUUUAUUUUAGAGAAGGAAUAUCUCCUUUUGGAAUUUUCAUAAAGACUUUGUAGAGUUUUAGGAAACUUUUCAUAUUUGGAGAUUUGGAGAAUAUUUCUUAAGAGGGUAGGUUAGCUGAUUGACUACCAGGUAUAAGUAGUCUUGCUCGACUUGUGUAUUAGAGUUAUCACUUGAGUUGUAUUCUUAGCAUAAGUGUGAAUUUUCAUAACUUAUAAGGUGAGUGAAAAGCACAGAGGGUUAAUGGGUGAUGUUCUAAAGUUUUUUUCGAGCUUAGUACGUGUGAGGCUAGAGGAACGAGUCAAGAGUGUAUCGGGGUUUUGUUGAGGUUCUGUUUAAAGAGAGACUGUAAGUUCACUUUAAAAAGAGAUAUAAUAUAUACACAUAUCUUUGUAGAGAUAUACUUUAGUGUAUUGUGUAUUACACUUCGUGCUAUAGUUCUUGCAUUUACAUUUGGUGUCAGAGCGGUCACCCAUUUCGAUUGUACAACAAGUGAGAUCCUGCGUAAAAAAUAGAGAUUGUCGAUUUGCGUUUGACUUCUCUCCUGUAAACAAUGCCUAUUUGAAUCUGCAUCCCUUGAAAGAUGAAGAAAUAGAGGAUGAUGAAAUGCUUGAUGUACUCUCCAUCGAUGAUCUAGCAGACUUUCUAACAGAGGGAACUCUGAGUAUGAAGAGCUUGACAACUUGGUCUCUAUCUCUGUGCAAAGCUGCUCAGGUCACCAAUGUUGCAUACAACUGGCUCUCUUACUCUCACAAGAAUCAUGUAUCCGUUGAGAGGCCGGUUCGACUGACCUACAAGAUGUAUCAUGGUAUUUGAGUUGAUGUGGGAGAGAUGACCUUCCACCAAGUUUUGAAUCUUAGUCUACUCCAAAUGGAAGGUUGAAAGGGUUGGCAUUCCCUAGGAUCAUAUUUGGGAUUCUUCAAAGCCAGUAUCAACUGAAGAGGAAGCUAAAGGAGAGGUUGGUUCAGUACAAGGAGGAUGUCCGACUUUGUGAAUAGUAUCUCUUCAAGCUGAAAAAGCUGAAAAGAAGAAGAAGGGAAAGUCUGUUUCCUUGAUGGUUUUACCAAGUGAAUAUACGGUAGAUCCAGCAAUGCAUAGCUCGACAAUACUGUACUUCUUGAAACUCCCUUAUGCUUUUUUUUUCUUUUUGUCAACUACUCCCUUAUGCUUGCCACUGAGAUUGAUAGGUUCACAUAGCCGUAGUGCUCAUCAUAAUCCAAGGUUUUGUUGUAAGGGAGUAGAAGCAUGACGAUUUUUAGAUAUUCCCAUAACUCCAUCAAUAGAUAUGUUUGAUGCAUAUACAUGAAGAACAAAAUAACUACAUGUCAUGAUCCGCUGAGCAUAUGAUGAACUGUUUUAUAAAAAAAAAUUUCGAAUUUGUUUUUUUUUUUUUAAAUCAAAAAUUAUGUUUGAAACUAUUUUUUUCAUUU